CUUUUCCUGGGCGCCGCAGGAUUGGCCGCAGCCGGUCGAGCUGCACCUGUGUUGCUGUGUGAGAAUUGGACUUUCACUGCCCAGUGGUUGUGGCCCCUUCUUGUGAUUCAUGACUGAGGAAACAGGACCAUUACCUUUUUCCAGCUUGGCUCUUUUCUCACAUGACGGCAAGACAAGCUUCUGGUUAGGAGAAGCGUGUCCCGAGUCUGCAGCCCUCUGCCCACCAUGAAGGGACCUUCUGUCCUUGCGUGGCUCUUCUCAAGCCUGAGCUGGUGGAGACUCGUGCAGCUGCAAACAGAUGUGUCGGGGUGCCAGCGUAUUGAGCAUCCGGUCAUUUCCUACAAAGAAAUUGGUCCCUGGUUGCGGGAGUUCAGAGCGAAGGAUGCUGUGGAUUUCUCGCAGUUAACAUUUGACCCAGGACAGAAAGAACUUGUUGUAGGAGCAAGAAACUACCUCUUCAGACUCCAGCUUGAGGAUUUAUCUCUGAUUCAGGCUGUGCAGUGGGAGUGUGAUGAAGCUACCAAGAAGGCCUGCUACAGUAAGGGCAAGUCACAGGAGGAAUGUCAGAACUACAUCCGGGUGCUUUUGGUGGGUGGUGACCGACUAUUCACCUGUGGAACCAACGCUUUUACGCCUGUCUGCACCAAUCGAACGUUGAGCAAUCUGACGGAGAUCCAUGACCAGAUCAGCGGCAUGGCACGCUGUCCCUACAGCCCACAGCAUAAUUCCACAGCUUUGCUCACAGCUGGUGGUGAGCUCUAUGCGGCCACAGCCAUGGACUUCCCAGGGCGUGAUCCUGCCAUUUAUCGAAGUCUGGGCAUCCUGCCCCCUCUUCGCACAGCCCAGUACAACUCAAAAUGGCUCAACGAGCCAAACUUUGUGUCAUCCUAUGAUAUUGGGAAUUUCACCUACUUCUUCUUCCGAGAAAACGCCGUGGAGCAUGACUGUGGGAAGACUGUGUUCUCCAGAGCCGCUCGUGUCUGCAAGAAUGACAUUGGGGGGCGCUUCCUGCUAGAGGACACAUGGACUACAUUCAUGAAGGCCAGACUCAACUGCUCCCGGCCUGGAGAGGUGCCCUUCUACUACCAUGAGCUGCAGAGUACAUUCUUCCUGCCUGAACUGGAUCUCAUCUAUGGCAUCUUCACCACCAAUGUGAACAGCAUCGCCGCCUCAGCUGUGUGUGUCUUCAACUUGAGCGCAAUCUCUCAAGCAUUCAAUGGGCCUUUCAAGUAUCAAGAAAACUCACGCUCUGCCUGGCUACCCUACCCCAACCCCAACCCCAACUUCCAGUGCGGCACUGUGGACCAGGGUCUCUACGUGAAUCUGACAGAAAGGAACCUGCAGGAUGCACAGAAGUUCAUCCUGAUGCACGAGGUGGUGCAGCCCGUGAGCCCCACACCUGCCUUCCUGGAGGACAACAGCCGCUUCUCCCAUGUGGCUGUGGACGUGGUUCAGGCCAGGGACAUGCUGGUCCACAUCAUCUACUUGGCCACAGAUUACGGGACCAUUAAGAAGGUGCGGGCCCCACUGAGUCCAGUUUCGGGCAGCUGCUUGCUGGAGGAGAUAGAGCUGUUCCCCGAGCGGCGGCCCGAGCCCAUCCGCAGCCUCCGCAUCCUGCACAGCCAGAGCGCCCUGUUUGUGGGGCUGCGCCAGCAUGUAGCCAAGCUGCCACUUAAGCGCUGCCAGUUCCAUCGAUCGCGCAGUGCUUGCAUCGGUGCCCAAGACCCCUACUGUGGCUGGGACAUGGUGAUGAAGAAAUGUACCAGCCUGGAGGAGAGCCUGAGCAUGAGCCAAUGGGAGCAGAGCAUUUCCACGUGCCCGAUCCGGAACCUCACGGUGGAUGGGCACUUUGGGCCUUGGUCUGCAUGGACACCCUGCACCCACACAGAUGGCAGUGCCCUGGGCUCCUGCCUCUGCCGUACCAGGGCCUGUGACAGCCCAGCCCCUCGGUGUGGCGGCUGGCAAUGCCAGGGCCCCCGUAUGGAGAUUGCCAACUGUUCCAGGAAUGGCGGCUGGACCCCCUGGACAUCGUGGUCACCUUGCAGCACCUCAUGCGGGAUCGGUUUCCAAGUGCGACAACGAGCCUGCAGCAACCCUAGCCCGCGACACGGUGGCCGUGUGUGCGUGGGCCAGAACCGUGAGGAGAGAUACUGCAAUGAGCAUUUGCUGUGUCCCCCACACAUGUUCUGGACAGGCUGGGGGCCCUGGGAGCGGUGCACGGCCCAGUGUGGUGGCGGCAUCCAAGCUCGCCGCAGAACUUGCGAGAAUGGGCCUGACUGUGCAGGUUGCAAUGUGGAGUACCAGCCUUGUAACACUAACCCAUGUCCAGAGUUAAAGAAGACAACACCAUGGACGCCCUGGACACCUGUCAACAUCUCAGACAAUGGUGGCCACUAUGAACAGCGGUUCCGGUAUACCUGCAAAGCCCGCCUGCCUGACCCAAAUUUGCUGGAAGUGGGGAGACAGAGAAUUGAAAUGCGCUAUUGUUCCAGUGAUGGCACCAGUGGCUGCUCCACGGAUGGCCUUUCUGGGGAUUUCCUACGAGCGGGUCGGUACUCUGCCCACACCGUCAAUGGGGCCUGGUCAGCCUGGACGUCCUGGUCCCAGUGCAGUCGAGACUGCAGCCGGGGCAUCCGGAACCGGAAGCGUGUGUGCAACAACCCCGAGCCCAAGUAUGGGGGCAUGCCUUGCCUGGGCCCAUCCCUUGAGUACCAGGAAUGCAACAUACUGCCUUGCCCAGUGGACGGCAUGUGGUCCUGCUGGUCCUCCUGGUCCUCUUGUUCUGCAACAUGUGGUGGUGGCCACUACAUGCGUACCCGCUCCUGCACUAACCCAGCGCCAGCGUAUGGAGGUGACAUCUGCCUGGGGCUGCACACUGAGGAGGCCAUCUGCAGUACACAGCCUUGUCCAGAGAGCUGGUCUGAGUGGUCAGGCUGGUCCACCUGCGAUGAUUCUGGAAUGCAAGUCCGGGCCCGCCAAUGCCUCCUCCUGUUUCCUGUGGGGAACCAGUGCUCCGGAAAUGCCACUGAGAGCCGGCCAUGUGUUUUUGAUUCCAACUUUAUCCCAGAAGUUUCUGUCGCCCGAUCUAGUAGUGUCGAAGAAAAGAGGUGUGGAGAGUUCAACAUGUUCCAUAUGAUUGCCGUGGGCUUGAGCAGUUCCAUCCUGGGCUGCCUCCUCACACUUCUUGUGUACACCUACUGCCAACGCUACCAGCAACAGUCCCAUGAUGCCACAGUCAUCCACCCAGUCGCUCCUGCUCCACUCAACACUAGCAUCACUAACCACAUCAACAAACUGGACAAGUAUGACUCGGUGGAGGCCAUUAAGGCAUUUAACAAGAACAACUUGAUCCUUGAGGAACGGAAUAAAUACUUCAACCCGCAUCUCACUGGGAAAACCUAUUCUAAUGCUUACUUCACAGAUCUCAAUAAUUAUGAUGAGUACUAAUAACUUCUAUUGGGGAGCUCUUUGGAAUUUCUCCAUACCUGUGCUCCAUGAUGGCCUAUGUUUCUGAGACUUCUGAGAUGAGGUUUGGAUCCAUUUUUAAGUGCAUUUUAA